AUUUUGUUGCAAUUGUAUGUCGUUGAAUAGUGCGAAACACUAUGGCGCUGUCCAUGCAGUGAAAAAUAUGUCUUCUACCUGGUGAUUUGCUUGUUUUAUACAUAUCGCAGAGCUUCCAGACAGACUAAAACAACGAGGAAGCUGCAUUUGUUUCAUGCUGUCCAGUUUUAUGGUUUCCUGAAAACAGCACCAUGUCCGGAUCAAAUGUUUGGAACCGCACCCGAGAGAAAUUAAGACGUUUUCCAGAAUUGUUUGCACAAUGUUCGGAAGAGGCAGCUGUUUAUGGCAAAUGUGUGGCAGCUACCACAACAAGCAGACAGGAACUGAAGAAGGACCUUUGUGCUAAAGAAUUUGCAGCACUGAAGACCUGCUUUGCAAAUGCAGCCAAGAAAAAAGUCAAAUGAAUGGGGAAAGUUUGGUAGUCAAGAUGUUAAAUCUUAAAUGAUGCUGCAAGAGCAAAAUGUUGACUGAAUGAACUGCCUUGGAAUAAGACUGUACACACUUCAAUUUCUUAUGCAAGCCUCAAAUGUCUCUAAAAUGUCAUUUUAGUAAACUGCUUUGUACCAUUUACCGGUAAUUGUAGCCUUUAUUAUCAUCAAAUUACAUAUAAAAACAAUCUCAAUAGAAAAAAAACAGUCAGAAAAUACAUCUGUACAAAGACAAUGAUGUGUAUUUACCAAAAUAUGACUGUAUUUCUACAGCGGGAAACAACUAAACUGCUGUACAGAGAUCAUAUGGGGAUAAAGGUGCUAUAGGGAUUUCUUCAGUUGUGGGCUAAGAAACCUCAUUAUGGUUGUGAUUAAAAAAAAAAUCACAAUUUAAGGAACAUUAUUACACAUUUACAGUAUUUACACAAUUGAACAGAUGAGAAAAUGCAGAAAGGAAAUGGAAAGAAAUAAACAUAAGGUCAACAGUGACUCACAAUUUCUCAAUACAAUGUAUUUUAUAUAAAUAUAUGUAUGUAUGUAUGUACAUUUUAACCACCUAAUAAUUGAUAAUCUUCACUUCUCAGAUGUGUGACAAAAAUAAGUUAAUAUGUACAAGGUGUUCUUUUAUAAGGACUUUGGGUUUUUUUCAAAGCUUAACAGGAAAAAAAAAUCUUUGUAACAAUUGUCUAUUUAUUUGGAGUCUGUGCAGGUAGGAGAGUAAAAGAGUUAUUUCAUCUCCUUAUCCUCUGAGGUCUGCUUAAUCUGCCGUGAGUGCACCAUGGCCCCAGCUAGUAGCUUCUCCUCAAGCGCUACAUGCAGGUCGUGGCCCCCGAGCUCCAGCAGGGGCUCCAGCCCAUGCACAGCCCUGGGCACCGCGGGCCUCUCCAGAGCCCCCACAGCCCUGCGCCUUCUCUUUAGAUCCACCUCUCCCUCGUCCCUCGCCAUCUCGUGGGAGCCCUGAGGGUGAGCCUGGGCUUUGAUGGCCCCGUCUUCCUCACCCUCUCCGGGGUCCGCCAGAGCAGCAACUUUCUCUUUGAGGUCUCGUCCUCCUUUCUUCAAAGCUUCGCCGUCUUCUCUCCGAGCCCCCUGUGCGGCGUUUUGGGCUUCCAGGUCUUGCUCCAGCUGGGCUAACCUCUCCUGCGCCUCCUUUUCUUUUCUCUCAACGAUUUCAUUGUCUGCUUUCUCCAUCUCCUGCUGGCGUCUCUCCUCGGCGGCCUUCUCCUGUGCUAAUUUCUCUUUUAGUGCCUUCUCUCGCUCCAGCUUCUCUCGCUUCUCCCUCUCCUGUCGCUCCUUUU